CGCCGACAUGGAUGCGCCAACGGGUGACCUGUAUGGCGGCCGUCGGAUGGUCCCUGUGAGCUCCAUCGAGCAAGAUGCACGUGAAGGACGGGAGUCCGUCUCCGUGUUAACGUACAACGUAAUGCGUCAAAUGCACGCUACCCCCGAUUACAAGCCGUACUGCGACCCUGCUGUCCUCACCGCAACCAAACGAAAAGACCAAAUCUUCCAGGAACUCUUGAGCUACAACGCCGACAUCCUCUGCCUCCAGGAGGUCGACGACUUUACCCUGUGGUGGGUCCCGCGACUGAAUGCGGCAGGCUACGACAGUGUGUACCAUCAGCGCACCGGUGACUUUGACGACGGUCUUGUCAUUGCUUUCCGCCGCAUGUAUUUUCAAAUCUUUCGCACGUUGCGCAUCAACCUGAACGAUCUCUGCAAUGACCCGUCCAUCGCACCCAACUUUGCUUCAAAGCUCCAACAGGACAACGUCGCCUUGAUCGUGGCACUCCAGCCGUGGGAGCAAUGCCAUUUUCCCAGCGCCGUUUGCGUGGCCAACUUACAACUGGCCAGCCACCCCAACCUCGAACCCGUUCGGCAGCACCAACUUGCGUUCGUCCUUCCUCAAGUCGAAGCAUUCAACGCGGAUUUCCACCUACCGAUCGUGAUCGCUGGCUCAUUCAACGCGACACCUGUCAGCCAUGUCUACCACACCAUGCGAACAGGACGCCCACGUCCCGAGCCGGAACCUCCCGCCAGAAUGAACCGUCCUCUUGCGCGUGACCCGACAACAAGCACCAUAACGCUGUCAUGGGUGCCUCCCGUCUCCGCUCAUGGGCCAAUUCUAGGCUACCGACUCGUUCGUCGGGUGAACUGCAGCACCACUAUCGGAUUCUCGCACGAGGUCAUGCUCGACAACCCGAGCCAAGUCGACUAUAUCGCCACCAUGCUCAGCGCCGGCAACACGUACGAGUUUUGCAUCUCGGCCAAAAACGCUGCAGGCUGGAGCGAAUACAGCAUUCCAUCCGAGCCGAUUCAAACGCUCAAGGCACGAGCAAUCGUCGAUCCCAGUAAACCCCCCGUGGUGCUGCCUGUGCCGGGGAUGCCAUACAUGGCAACGUCUCCAUACAAGACGUCGUACAAUUCCGGCAAAACGCCGCGGUUCACAGACGGCGGCAUUUGCACAGAUUUGUGCCCUCGCCCUAGCCACGUACCCACUGCCCCGUACGAAUCCGUGCACGUCCGCGGCGACCGAGAAGACAAGCUUGUGCACUUUGAAGUGUUUGAUAGCGCGUACGGACGGUAUCAACUCGAUGGCGAGCCCGACUAUACCUUUGCAGAUCACACGUUCACGGGUACCGUCGACUACAUCUUUUACUCGAAAAAGGUAGUACAAACGACGAGUCGAAUGCACCGACCACACCAGAGAACGCUGGCGCAGGAAUUGGCCGCUGUGGAAGUGCUGUCGUUGCCGCCUUUGGUGUCCCUUGUAGGAGACGACGCGCGGGAGCUGGAGACGGUCCCUGAUGUUGAUUACGUCCGCCACGCCCCAGACGGAUGGGACACGUGCGCCAUGCCAGAACCAUUGUCCCCGCGACGAAUCGGCGCGACAAUAACUCCCUACAUGGGCGAGUGGUCGACUGAAGUGCUGCGAGUGCCUAACCCACGGCGGCAGCACCGUUGGCUUCCAAACCACAAGUAUUCAUCGGACCACGUCGCUCUCAUGGCGAAGAUUACGUUUCAAGCUGAAGAGCUCGCUGUGCGUUGGAAUUGAGCCACGAUAACACUGGCACCAUCGAGCGACCUUGUUCAUUAUACCUCUGUCACGCCAAGGUCGACGCUGCAUGGGUGCAGCUGCAAAGUCGGAGGUCGCGACAAGACCGAUUGGCGGGAGGUGUACCCGCGGAGCGGCGGCUCGACUUGGUCCUUCUCACAAGCAACGCUGUCUUCAUGGUUGUUUCGGUACGGGUCGCAGCGGAAUUCAACCUCAGGAGGCCACGAUGCAAAGUUUGCAAAUGCCCAAAACCCUUGGUGGCGAAAAAGGCGAUAAUCGCUUGUUGCGAUGUCGUCGCCAUCUUCAUCCGUGCGUGUAAACACGGGUGCGUUGUCCGAGCGAAGGGACUCGUCCACUUCGUACACGCCAUUGAGCGCGGCAACACUGGACGAGCAUACGUGGAUAGCGCGGGAGGAAGGGGUCCCCGACGCCAGCUGCGUCGCAACAGCGACGGUCGUGGCGGCCAACGCGGACGCCAUGACCACCUUCAUCUUCGCUCGAAUUUCUUGUGCGGGUGGAACAAACGCCGCGCGAUCUUGGCAACCUUCCA